AUGCCAGGCGAAUACGCCCAAUCCUGGCUCGACUGGGAAUCCGCCUCCGGCGGCCGCCAAAUCCUACACGGCACCGCGGACCAAAUCAAAGGCAUGUACGACGCCAUGGUGCAAGCGCUCUUCCCCAUGAUGCCGAAAUUCAGCGAAAAAGUCGACGUCCAAGAAGGCGACGUCGAGGGGAUCAAGUACCGCAUCUACACGCCCAAAAACGAGACGGGCCCAUUCCCCGUGGCGAUCUGGACGCACGGCGGCGGCUGGAUGACGGGGGAUCUGAACAGCGACCAUUUGCUCUGUGGGGUGGUGGCGGAGAAUACGAAGAGUGCGGUGGUGAAUGUGGAUUAUCGGUUGACGCCGGAGUUUAAGUGGCCUACGCAGUUGGAGGAUAGUUUGAAGGUUUAUCGUUGGGCCCACGCCAACGCCUCAUCCUUCCACGGCGACCCCAACAAAUUCUACACCAUCGGCGGCUCCGCGGGCGGCGGCCUCGCGCUCUCCGUCGCCAACGCCGUCCUGCAAGACCCGCAGCUCAAACCCAGCCUCAAGGGCAUUGUCGCGCUCGUCCCCAUCGCCGCGCACUGGGCCAGCGUGCCCCAGAAGUACAAGGACAAGUAUAACGCCUACAAGGACAACGAGAAGGGGACGCCGAUAAUUGAUAAGGAGAGUAUGGAGAUUUUUUAUAGCCACGCGGGCGCCGACCCCAACGACCCCACCGCCUUCACGAUCCUCGCCGAAGAAAACCACAAGAACUUCCCGCCAACGUACUUCGCCAGCUGCGAGUUCGAUCCGCUCCGGGACGAUGCGACGAUCAUGGAGAUUGCGUUGAAGGAGGCCGGCGUGAAGACGAAGCAUGAUUACUAUAAAGGAUUUCCGCAUUAUUUCUGGAUUAUCCCCGCUGUGCCCGAGGGACAGCAGUUUGUGGGGAAUUUGAUUGGGGGGAUUGAAUGGAUCAAGUCGCAGAUGUAG